CGCCUAUUUGGCUUCACGAUUUUUACUUUUCCCUUUCCUUGCUUUUUCUGUUAGUAAAUCCUUCGAGUACGUUGGCUGUUAACUCUGUCGCUGGGGUACGGUGUGCGUGUCAGUGCCUUUCGUGUUGACCGAUACCCCUGCCGAGGUGUUACUGUGGUCUGCACCUUAGUAAAUCGCAAAUAGAGCGUCGUCGCGAUGGUGUUAGGAGCUAAUUGCUGUUAUAUCUCCUGGUCGAGUGGUUGCAAUUGCUUUUUUUCUUUCAUUAAAGAAAACCUGCGAGAGUACAAACGCAGCUAAGUUUCGGCCAAACAAGGACACGAUGAGAAAGAGACAUAAACAAACGAGACUGAGCUAAAGCCGGCGAAGGCGACACACAGCGUCCUCUGAACACUGGCCUCGGACAGCGGUAUCACACGAAGUUGCAGUGAAACAGGCAGUCGUAUAUUUGCGUGUUUUUGCUAUCUCACUCUUUAGCAGCGUUCGAUAGCUGUUUUUCAUGCGAGACAGCACGGCAUACGAACCACGCACGCACUACUGCCACUGAUACGUACACAGAGUCGGUCGGUCUGUCUGUCUGUUAGCUAAUAGGCAAUAGUAGUCCAAUUGGUGGUCUCACUCGUUGCAGCGAUCCGUCGUACGUCAACAACUAGGACGAACGAACUAACCACGCGCUAACGGCUCGCUAUUUUGCUACCCUGCACGCUCUCGUCGUCAGUGAAUCGGCUGCCGCAAUAAAGCAGGCGGCCAAACAGCCAGCGCAAAGGAGAGAACGACGAAGACAGAGUUUGGCCCAGUACGAGAGAGAGAGCGUGGGUUUGAGUCGAACACAACAAAAGCAGACGACAUAUACUGAUGAUAAUAAACCAAAAAUUGCGUCGAGUUAAAAAAUAGUUGGACUGUUGUUUUGAGAACAAGGAGCAGUGGAGAAUAAGAUGCCGAACCCCAUUAAUUUGCAUACGGAUAAAGCAAUAUUGGGAUGAAGUGAGUGAGGGAAUGGGAAGACAGUCGGUGGCUAAAGACACAGACGACGAUGGGUAAAACAACAAUAACACAGUAAAUAAUCUGGCUAAACUUGCGACGGCUGAAUGAAUGAAUUGCUCAAGGACAGUAGAUGGCCUCCAGAGGAGCGGCCUUACAGGUGCCAGAGUCCCUCAAGCCUAUUGCUCCCUACAUUCGAAUCGCUGCUGAGCAUGAUUCUAGAAAUCCUGUCAUCGCAUACUGGUGUCGGUUCUACGCACUUGCCACUGGGUUAAAGAUGAACAAAUCUUUGGAAGCACGGGCCUACUUGGCUGACCUUAUGAGUUUUCUCGAAGAAAUGAAGGCGGCAAACCGACAGAAUGAAGCAUUCACCAACGAUAUUAUUGCACAGAGUCAUAUCGAAGCGCAUGCGUUAAAACUGUUCGCAUGGGCUGAUCAACAAGACAGGAAUUCAAAUUUUGACAAGAGCGUAGUCCGGGCAUUUCAUGCGGCCGGCUAUAUAUUCGAAGUGCUGAACAAUUUUGGCGAGCUUGGAGAAGAAACCCUUCGUAUGAGCAAGUAUGCCAAGUGGAAGGCCGCCUACAUACACAAGUGCCUCAAGGAAGGUACGCAGCCAAUACCAGGUCCAUUGAGAGGCGAUGAUGAAGGAUUUGAAGAAGAUGGUACUGGACUUUCAAACUCGUUAUUUCAGCAGCCGGACUCGAAUGCAGAGACUCUUAAUGCAGGAGUAGCCCCGACGCCGAUGCCUCGUGGACAGGCUGGAAAUAUAGGAUCAUCUGGGGCCUAUAACGUUGAUAUGGGUCUUUCUAAUACCCCGCAGAGUCCAAGGCCGAUGACAGAUGAAAGCACGGGUGCCUUUCCAAAGUUUCCACCUGCUCAACAACCGCCAGCUCUAGCUCCUCCUGAAGCUACACCUACAUUCUCAUGUCCGGUGGUUUUGCCGUCUGGCCAACUUCCCACCCUUGAUUUGAGUCAGAGGAUAAAGGCGCAAAAAUACUGCAAGUUCGCCACAAGUGCCCUCACCUACGAAGAUAUACCUACGGCGGUGUUGAAUCUGCACAAAGCUCUCGCACUCCUCACAACCGGGGUCGAUCCAGAGUAAACAUAGCAUCGUGCAUAUUUUUUUUGUCUUUUCUGUAAUUAUAAUAUAAUGUAAGAAAAAAUGGACGUUUAUCUGAAUCCACUAUGCGAGUCUAAAAGGAAAAAAUGGACAGUGUGACGUUUCUGUGAGUCGCUCGAAGUGUCACCUUACGCAUACAUAUAGACAGUCACAAGCUUGAAUCUGUGAGCACUCUAAGGAGCGUAGAUAAGACACGUUAAAAAAGAACUAUACGAAGCGACGGAUAUGAGUAAUAAACCCGUUAUAUAAAAUAACGUAUAUUAUUAGCUCAUGAUAUAGUACUUUUCAGGUCACCCCGGAAUAACCUAUUUUACUGUGCUCAUAAAUGGGUAAAGUAGCUAUAUAAAAUAUAUAUGUGGCUAUAACAACUGCGAGGUACACUGUAUUGCGGUCAGCUGAUUGCUAAAAAAAAUAGUGAUGUCUUUAAUCAAUUAAAUAACAGUUUAGUCAAUUGGCUAAAAAAAUGUGCAUUAUU